AUGGCUUCUGCAGACUCCAAAGCAGUCUUGUUAUCUUCUCAACCAGGCGCAACUGCCUACAGCAGUACGGUGGUUGUAAAGGUCCAGGCAGGCAGAAUGAUCUUACAAGAUGGAAUUGUGCGGCCGUUACUGGGGAGUGGAUUUUUAUUCCUCUUACGCGAAGGACUGCUACAGGACACUGUGUUGACGUGGGUUUCUUCUGAUGGUGAGGAACAAUGCCGCGUUACACUACCUCCCGGUAGGGUCAAGGUUAGUUGGGUAGAAAAAUGCAGACCGUCAAGGGUUUUGCUCUUUGAUAUAGAUAACGGCAAGCAGCCCUUGUUCUUCUGGAUGCAGUCACGUUCUGAUGAGCUUGACGAGCCGGUUAUGCAUAGGAUACAACACGCGAUUGAACGCAACCGACAGCAAGCCGUAGCACAACAUGGUAGGAGGGAGAUAAAAAUGGGCACAUUGCAAAAUAUACUGAGCGACUUAUGGUCAGAAGCCUUAGCACAUGAUGUGAACCUUGUGGAUAUACUUGGAUCAGAAAAAUUGCUUAAGGCUCUGCAGGAGGAUCCGGGUUUUUACACCUUGAGGCUCAAAGAUUACCUCCCGCUUGGGGAACUUGACAGCGGGGUGCCGUUGGACCUUAAGAAGCUCAUGAAUGACCGCCAGGUGCAAUGGACGGCCGAGAUUUUAGGAACCCUCCUCCGACAUGAAACAACGUACUCUCAACUCUCUGCUUCAUUUUUGAACGGUACCAUGUUGUGGGGUGCAAAUGUGACGUCAUUUAUUGUGAGUAUCAUCAACAUAUUUCUCCCGCAAAACGAGCAGCAGCAAAUGGGAGAGAGUGACAACUGA